CUCUUAUUCUCAUGGCUUGACUUCGCCUAAAGCUGUCAGCCAUGGUGUUACCUGGCCGUCAAAGAUAUAUAGCUAUAAUGGUCUCCGUCCUUGUUAUUGCUUCCUUUGUGUUCGGUAUCCCUUCUCCUUGAACUUGCUGUCGUGUUGGAGUCCGCAGUAGGACAUAACAGUUGCCCAUCAUGAGGGCUAUUCAAGCAGGGGCCGUUCUAUCCUCCCUUUUACUAUCCUCACUACCACUUACACUUUCCCAACUCGUCGUCCCCAGCAAUCUUCCAGGCGUUUGGGAAUACGAUGGAUGUUAUACCGAGGUCGACCGAACCAUUGGCGCCGCCACCUAUGCCGACAAUGAGGACAUGACUAAUGAGGCUUGUAUCUCCUUUUGUACUGCAAGAGGCUUUCAGUAUGCCGGAACACAGUACUCACAAGAGUGUUAUUGUGGUGAGAGCAUUGCCACGACUGCUCUCAAGCUCGAGGAUUCACAAUGCAACAUGGCUUGCAAAGGAAACGCAACAGAGCCGUGCGGAGGCCCCUCGAAACUAUCCAUCUUUCACAGCUCUGCCGCUGUCGGACCUCAAGCGAACCCUGGUGUCAAUGGCUUUUCCCAUCUUGGUUGCUAUUCGGAGGGAACAACGGGUAGAACCCUUACCUUCGCUGUUAGUACCAUCCCAGGCGCAAACAUGACGGUGGACAAGUGCACAGCCGCCUGUGAUACUUCUGGUUACAAGUACGCGGGUGUGGAAUAUGGCGGCGAAUGCUACUGCGGAAAUAGUAUUUCCAACGGCGGGGCCCCUGCCACCAGCGGAUGCACCACGCUUUGCAACGGCAACAGCACAGAGUUCUGUGGCGGUGGUAAUCGCCUGAAUAUAUACAUUAAAGGAGAGCUCCCGCCAACUUCUACCGUCACCGGCGUCAUUGCCGUCACAUCCUCAGCCGUUGCCGAACCCCAAGGCCCCGCUCAGCCGGCGUCUGUUGGGAAUUACGUCUGGUACGGAUGCCGGACUGAGGCUACUGGCAACCGCGCUUUGAGCGCUGCUACCUCCGCGACGGAUGAGAUGACACUCGAGGCCUGCAGUGCCUUUUGUGCCGCCUACACCUACUUUGGUGUAGAAUAUGCCCGCGAAUGCUACUGUGGCAACAGCUUCAAUGCUGGAUCUGUGGCCGCACCCGGCUCUGACUGCAGUAUGACCUGCGCUGGUAAACCCACAGAGUAUUGCGGCGCUGGAAACCGACUGUCUGUCUAUGCCAAAAAUGGCACCGAACCCCCAAGCACGACAGUCGCUCCUAGUUCCACCGUCUCGUCUUCAAUCCCCCAAGCCACUGGUCUUCCCGCUGGUUGGGCUUAUAAAGGCUGCUGGUCUGAGGGAACCACUGGCCGUCUCCUCAACGUGCAGGCACCAGACAGCCAGACUAAUUCUCAGGUUGUCUGUGCCACUUAUUGCGCCUCAAAGGGAUACACCAUCUCCGGGACCGAAUAUGGCGUUCAGUGCUUCUGCGGAAACUCCCUCUUUAACAACGGGUCGAAGAUUGACGACAGCCAGUGCAGCGUCAACUGUCCAGGAGAUGCAAGCCAAAAGUGCGGCGCAGGUGAUAGACUCACCAUUGUUGCCCGUGGCGAGCCCCAAGUGGACCUCCCUCCAGCUCCGAAAGCGACAGUGGGUGACUGGACCUACAAGGGCUGCUAUGAAGACAAUAUCAACAACCAACGCACCUUCUUCUGGCAAUCACUGUUCCCCAAUGUAGCGACGCCCAAGAUGUGCCUCGAUCGAUGUGCCGAAUACGGAUACAUGGCUGCUGGCAUCGAAUAUGGAGAAGAGUGCUACUGCGGUGAUCCGGCCAACAUUGCGACAUCCGGUGCCACCAAACGCCCUGAAUCAGAGUGCAAUAUUGUCUGCCCCGGUGAGACAUCGUCCAUCUGCGGUGGUGGUAGCCGCCUCACAACCUACUUCUGGACAGGAACACCCUUUUACUCGUGGGACUUCCCCCAGGAUUACAGGGCGGGCAAAUAUGAGCUACUCAUCAAUGGCGUUACCGUCCCGCUGAUGGCAUCCGAGACCGUCCAAGGCAAGGUCAACUUUCUUUCCAAAUGGGGAACCGGUCCUGCCAACGAAACUGGUGCGUACGAGCUCGAUCUGUCCAAGAUCGGCACCAACGCUGCCUUCCGUGAACUUCAUCUCAAGACUGAUGUGUUCUGUGCCGGUGGUGUGACCUUGCCCGACAAGGUAGGCCGCCAGCUGACUGUCGGAGGUUGGUCUGGAGACUCUACCUACGGCACUCGUCUGUACUGGCCUGGCCACGACUGGGAGGAGAACGUCAAUGAGUUGAGCUUGCAAGUCGGUCGUUGGUAUCCCAGCGCCAUGGUCAUGGCCAACGGCUCUAUCUUUGUGAUUGGAGGCGAGACCGGCUCGAACGCUGCCGCCGUCCCUUCCAUCGAGGUCUUGCCCUACACCGGAACCAAACCACUCUUCAUGGACUGGCUUGAACGCACCGAUCCCAACAACCUCUACCCCUUCGUCGCAGUCCUACCAAGCGGUGGCAUCUUUGUCCAAUACUGGAACGAAGCCAGAAUCCUAGACGAGAAGACCUUCGCCACCAUCAAAGAACUCCCCAUGGUCCCCGGCGCCGUCAACGACCCCCAAUCCGGGCGCACCUACCCCCUCGAAGGCGCCGCCGUCCUCCUCCCGCAGCGCUACCCCUACACCGAAAACCUCGGCGUCCUCAUCUGCGGCGGCUCCAACGUAGGCCCCGGCUACGCCCUCGACAACUGCGUGUCCACCCGUCCCGACGACGCCAACCCGAAAUGGGUCAUCGAGCGCAUGCCCUCCUUCCGCGUCAUGCCAUGCAUGGCCCCCCUGCCGGACGGGACUUACCUGAUCGCCAACGGCGCCCACCACGGCUUCGCAGGCUUCGGACUCGCCAACAACCCCAACCUGAACGCCUUACUCUACGACCCCACCAAGCCGGUAGGCUCCCGCAUCACAGUCAUGGCCAACACCACCAUCGCGCGCAUGUACCACUCCGAAGCCAUCACCCUCCUGGACGGGCGCGUCCUCAUCUCCGGCUCCGACCCCCAGGAUGCCGUCAACCCCGAAGAGUACCGCGUCGAAGUCUUCAUCCCUCCCUAUCUCCUCAACGGCAAACCCCGCCCCACCUUCACUUUGCAAAACCGCGACUGGGACUGGAACCAAAAGACCAUCCCCUUCACCCUCGGCUCUGCCGCCAAGAACGGAGCCAUCACCGUGACCCUUUUGGGUUCGGUAUCAAGCACCCACGGCAACUCAAUGGGCGCCAGGACCCUCAUGCCAAACAUGCAGUGCCAGGGCACAAGCUGCACGGUGGAUGCGCCGCCGAACGCGCAUAUUGCGCCGCCCGGGUGGUAUCAGUUCUUUGUGCUGGACGGAGGAGUUCCGGCUGUGGGGGUGUACGUGCGGAUUGGAGGGGAUCCGGCCGGACUGGGGAAUUGGCCUAAUGCUGAUGGGUUUUCGAAGCCGGGUGUUUAAGUUUUUUUCUUCUCAAGUUUCUUAGUGUAGCGUAGGAGAGGGAAGGAAGUUGGAAGG